UUGCUCAAGUUUAACAGAAAAAAGUCCAGCUGAGAGCUCUAACAGAGACAGUGUGAUUUGUUCUGGUGCAGCUGUCUGUCCCUCUGUCUCUCUGUCUCUGUCCCCGGUGUCCUCAGUCCUGAGCGGGCUGAUGAGGUGUCUUGUCUCCGCGGUGUCCUCUCUGAGCUGGGCUCUGGUCCUCGGCGGAGCGGCCAACCUGCUGCGGCAGACCCGCAGACAGACGCUGUACGGCCGCUACACGCCGGCGGAGCGCCGCUGCUGUCCGGCCGGAGCGGCCUGGCUCCUGCAGGAGGCUCCGUCCUUCCUGCUGCCGCUGCUGCUGCUGAGCGGGGACAGCAGCGGGGACAGCAGCGGGGACAGCGCCGGGAGGACGCUGCUGCUCUGCACCUUCAUGCUGCACUACUUUUACAGGUCAGAGGUCACCUGACGCCGGCGGUCUAAGGGACGGUUCUGUAUUUAUCAGCGGAGGAGGAUGGCCGUUUGCUGCAGAUAUU